AUGAAUGCUCACUCUAAUUCCAUCAAUAUCCCAUUAUUCUCAACACCCUUUCUUCAACAAAACUCCAUCAAUGAUUUCACUGAGUUUGACUCGUUCCAAGACACUCUCUCCCAACUCAAUAACUCAGAAUUGAGCAGUGGUUAUAGCAGCUAUGGUGGAUCUUCUUCACCGAGCACUCCCAUCUUCAUGCAGAGAAGCAUUAGCAGCCAUUCCCUUCACCACAACAAUGGGACCCGCCGCCUUCCCCUCUCUGCUUUCUUCGCUGAAUUGCUCAACUCUGAAGACACUCCCGUGCGAAAAGUUUCCAGCACGGGAGAUCUCCAGAGGAUUAAGAGAAUGCAACAUAAUCAUCAUCAUCAUGUGGAUAGUCCAUUGUCUAGUGAAAGUAGUAUGAUCAUAGAAGGUAUGAACAGAGUUUGUCCAUAUAGCCCAGAAGAGAAGAAACUCAGAAUUGAAAGAUACAAAAGAAAGAGGAAUCAAAGAAACUUCAACAAGAAAAUUAAGUAUGUUUGUAGGAAGACAUUGGCGGACAGGAGGCCGCGAAUCCGAGGACGGUUUGCGAGGAACGAUGAUACCGAUAAGAACACUACGGUUCAGUGGAGUCACAUUGGUGGUGGAGAGGAAGAGGAUGAAGAAGAUGGGAAUUGGAGUAAUAUGUUUGAUUCCAUAGUUGCUGCAAAUCUUGUUCAUGAUGAGUUUCAAGGAAAUUCAUCUUUUGGUCUAUUGUAUUAG